AUGGAACAAAUCACGCAUCCCACAAUUCACUUUUGGUCAUAUGAUCGAUUUAGAAGUCAGCUGUACUGCGUACUGGAUACCAAAAACAUGGUUACGGAGAAACACGAAUUUUUUAAAACCACAAAUGGAACGAUAAUUCUUUCACCCAUUAAGGAAGAAAUGUUCUCAGCAGACUUCAGGGUGAAUAUGGGACAAGUUCGUAAGUUAUGGAUUUGUGCUCUUCAAAAAUCUUUCCGCUAA